AUCCGUUCAUGAUACCAUUAUAAGUCUGUAAUAGAUAUCCUCUAAGCUCUGAGAUCUGAUUCUCUCCUCGAAAACAAAGAACCCCUGUAAAUCGUAAUCUGACUCUCUAGUCUCUGCGUUCUGCACAGAAGGAUUCAACAAACCAAGAAAGAAAGAAGAUGAUUAGAUCAACGCUUCUACAUCAUCAUUCUUCUUCUGCAACGGCGUUCUUCGUAGCUAGCGAUCUUAAUCGUUCCUCGGUAUCGUGUCCGAGAGUGGCUACCACGGUCUGCUCUUCCUCUUCUUCGAGGAGCAAUUCUGACACCCCAAAGCUCGAGCCUUUCAGCAGAAGCAAGAUCGAUCGAGGUCUUAAAGAGCCCUCCUUCUUGCAAAAGUGUGAGAAUGAGCUUGCAGAUUAUUGUUCGACGCUAGAGGGAGACGCAUCUUAUAGCUGUUGGAGGGCGUACUUUGAACUUAAAAAACUGGAAACGGAAUACCCAAAAGAAGAAGUAGAGAAGAUUGUUCUUCAGUCGGAGGGCGUAAAGUCUCUGAUCGACUGCAUGCACGGGGUUUCGGCAAUUCGGAAGAAGAAGGAAAUAAACGAAGACAUGGAAUCGCGAAGACAAUCAAAUCUGACGAAACAGAAGGAGACUUCUUGUCCGGUGCCCGACGGAUUGCCUAAAUCAAAGGAAGAGCUGGAAGAAGAAGAGAGAGCUAAAAUGCCGGAUUCGUUGUACACCAGACUUCUAAGAACCAAGGGGAGGUUCCCUGCUUGGUAUUCACCCGUCCCAGACCAUGAAACAGAUUAGUGGGCCUCUGCUCAUUCUCCCCCUUAUCUCUGUCUAGCUUAGCGUGGGAGAGUUUUAUGUCCAGGAACGGCGCUCGCCAGCACAGGGCCGAUGAAGCGCGCACAGAAGCAUCAAUAGGGAGACGGGGAGGGAUCUGACCUAUCCCGAGUCUGGGUGCAGGCUCUACACACUCGGGCAGUUAAAUAGUCACUUUUGUGUUAUUUUUUUUUAUUUUUUUUUCUUAUGUAAGUGUAAAGGUGCCGUUGUCCUUUUUUUUUUUCUCUUAAAUAGAAAAAAGUCCCCUUGUGAUAUGUAAAAAGGAUAGUGGUUUUCUUUACCAAAAAAUUGUGUUUUUGAAGAUAGGCAUUAGCUUAAUUCUUUUAAACAUUGGAAUCAAAUUUGAAAAUUACCCAA